CAAAACUGGUUGAAUAUGUGGUGGUUGGUUUGAAUCGUUUGAAUUACUGAGGCUUAAAUCGUUUCUAAUGUUUCUCUUUUGAUGUGCUGUUGCCUUUCAAAUUCUGGUGGACCACGUCAUGAUUGACAAACGGAAAAAGGACGUCGUUCUGCAAUGGCUGGCCUGCUGUGGUGCAAAGGUCGGCGACUUCUCGGAACUCGAGUCUGGGAUGCUGUUCCUUGAACUGCUGUCUAAAGUUGAUCCCAACAUCAACAUUGAGAACAUUGACCCCUCGGAAAGACUUCAGGUCAUCGAGAACUCCCUCUGUGCACUCCACUCAUGCCUCCCGCAGCACUUCCUGGAGCCUUCACGCGCGAUGCAAAAGGAAGGCAAUCAGCUGACCCUUGCCACUACUGCUGUCCUAGUGCUCUCAGCGCUGUUUAUUCGAGCUGCCAGUCCCAGCGCAAAGCACAGUAUAGAUCCGGUGAUGUCACUAGAAGAGUCGGUGCAGGAAGAGAUCAAAGAGCUGCUGCAGAUCGUCACAUCUCCAGAAGAUGAUGUCCUGCAACAUUUGCAGAGCCACCUGCAAGUACAAUCGGACGAAGAAAGCCCCGUCAUGAUGAAGAGAAGGCUGAAACGAAAGAAGGACCAGUCUUUCAUGUUUUCACCAUCAAUGCCUCGCUCACCCCUCAAGCGGAUGAUGGCAUCACCCGUGCAACCACCGCAAACCUUGUUGCGGAACAAGGAGCACCAGAUCAGGAGGCUCAGACAACAGUUGUCUGCAGAAGAGAUGAAGACACUGGAACUUGAGAGAGAGCUCACUGACCUCAAAGCGUCGGCGGGGAAAUCAAAUAGGGAGAUUGCUUCCUUGAAGUCUGAAGUUCAACGUCUCAGAAGCACAGUAUCAGUAAGCAAUGAAUCUGAUGAUGAAACUGAGAGGCUACGAUCUCGUGUCAGCUUUCUAAACACAGAGAUCCUGAGGUAUCAAGCCAUGGAGAAGGACUACGACGCGAUGAUUCGGGAGAACAUUUCCCUGAAGGCUGUGGCUGAAGAGCACGAGCAGUUGAGGCACGAGAUCGCACAGCUGAAGGCAUCUCUCAGCGAAGUCUGUGCUGAGAAGGUGAACCUUGAAGCACAGAUUGCUGAGCUGUCCCAGAUGCAAAGCAGCCUCGAGGCCAAGCUGGAAGAGAAGAACAAGGAAGUGGAAGCGUACAGGGAGUUCUGGAACAGCAAGAACUCUCCCACUUCACUGCCGUCGCCAAUCUUCCCGGGGACCCCGGUUAAAGCUGGUGUCAGCUAUUUCACUGAACUCUGCUACGUGGAACUUGAGGAAGCAAAGGGACAACUCGAAGCCGCUAAGAACAACAACGCUCAACUUGAGCAAGAACUCCAAGAACUGCAGGCAAAAGAAGACGCAUGGCAGAGUGAAGCUACGAAGCUCUCUGAAGAGCUGGCCAAGUCACAGUCCACUGCUGCAAGCCUCGCGCGGGAUCUGUCGGAAACUGAACUGCACGUUACGAGCCUCAAACAAGAUUUGGCAACAUCGAAGACAAACGAAGAAAAUUUGGAAUUCACCCUGCAAGCAAAAGUUAACGAGAUUCAAGAGCUUGAAAAAGAAAUUUUAAAUACGAGGUCUUCUCUCCAAGACGUGUGCAAUUCCAAGGACACUCUGGAGAAAGUGGUAACAGAGCAAGCUGAAACCAUAGUAAAAGUGAACAACAAUAUGGAACUGCUAUGCCGUGAAAAUGGUGCACUCAAGGAAGAGCGUAGACAGCUAGCCGACGAUUUGGAGGAAAAAUCGGCACACGUCCUUCGCCUCGAAGCCACAAUUGCUGAGCUACGUGAGAGGAUGUCCCGCUUAGAAAACGCAUCGCAGUCUUUAAAAGAUUCACUGGACAGUACACGAGCCGAUAACGCCAAGUUAAAUAACGAGCUGCAUGCUCAGGCUCAGCAGAUCUCUGGAAAGGCACAGGUGUUAUCUCAGAUGGAGUUCAGCAUUGAGCAGCUGAAUGGCACCAUUCUAUCGUUACAACAAAACCUCAGACAAACAGAGGAAGAGAACAGCAGUUUGAAGGCUGGCCUAGAAACUGCCGCAGCAGAGAAAUUGUUGCUGGAACAAAAGCUAGAGGAUGGCCACAGGGCAGCCAGUCUUCUCGAGAACAAGGUUUCUGAGAUAACUGACGCAAACAAUGCCCUCUCCAAAGAGAACGAGGAAUUGCGGAAGCAGGUCAACGAUGGUCGUUGCCUGAUUGGCAGCCUAAGGGAGGCUGUCUCGGAACUUGACGGUGCAAACCGCAGUCUUCAGGAGCAGUUGGAAGCAGCCCUGGAGAAAGCGGAAACGCUAUCAUGCACAGUGUCUUCCUUGGAAGCAAGCAUACAGGAAAAAACAGUUGCUUACGGAGAGUUAAAGUCAAUGUACAACUCAAUCCGAAAUGACGUGUGCUCGUUGAAGCAGGAAAAUGAAGAAGUGGUGAGAUCGAAUGCCGAUCUUCGUGUACAGAAUGAUGCACUGCAACAGAGCUUUGACGAGACAACGAAACAGCUCGAAAGCAUUUUGAUCAGGCAUCGGGAACUGAUGCAGCACGUGCAGUCUCUUCUGGAGUCACUCGAACGCAUGACUUUUGAUAGGGACUCACUGCAAAGGAACCUCGAUGAAAAUCUGUUGGAGAAAAGGAACUCCGAUGAAACUAUUUCGCGUCUCGAAGCAGCUGUUGAUGAGUUGACAAGAAGAAUUGAUGAGAAAGAAGCAAAAGAGGAGUGCAGCAAGAUGGCUCUCGAAAACUUGUCACAAGAAUGUUCGGCGCUUCGAAGUGCCAAGGAGCUUGCAGAACAAACCGUACAGGGUGCUAGACAAGAGCUCGAAGAACUGUCUAGAAGGCUGAGUGAACAAGGGCAACAUUUAGAAGCCACAAAGGAAGAAUGCAGCAAGCUUUCUUCGAAGCUCAAGGCAGCCGUUCUUGAAAGAGAGUGCGCGGAAGAGCGCGCCAAGCAGAUGGUUGAGGACGCCGCUGUCCAUGAGACAAGCUUAAAGGAAUUGGAAGGAAAAAACAGCACGCUUCGAGCACAACUUUGCCAGGCUGAAGAGAAAUACAAACUUCUGGCCAAGUCCUCUUCCAAUCUCAAGCAGGAACUCGCGGUGGCUCAACACAGUUUCGAAGAAGCAAAGAAGAUGCUCAACGGCGCAGAAAAUGAGCACAACGAACUGAAGCAAAACGUACACCAUCUUCAACAGACAAUUGUCCAGCUCACAAACGAAAGGCGUCUGCUGCAGGCCGCCCUUGCAGACGCCGAAGCCCAGAAGAACCUCCUCGGAUCCGAGUUGGCAGCGUCGUCGCAAACCAUUCGAGAACAGAGCGCGAGGCUUAUCGAGAGCGGCUCAACCGUUGAGCAGAUGGCCAGUUCGCUGAAAUCAGCUGCCGAGGCGUCCGAGCGAGCCGCGUCCGAAACCCGCGCCGAGCUCGAAAAUUUGCGGACGCGCUUCCGCGAGCUUCAGCGGAAGUUGACCGAAACUGAAGACGGUCGCGACAAGGCCUCGUCCGAUUUGGCGGAAGUUACGUCCGAGAAGGACGUCCUUCGGACGUCGCUGGACAAGUUGGAGAGCCAGCACCAAAUAUUGUGCGACCAGUUUGACGACGUGGAGCGCAAGUUGAAGCAGGCUCAGGAAAUGCACGACCACGCGGAAGAGGAAUACUUCAAGUGCGUGGAGGAGAAAGAGAAGCAGAAGGAAGAACUGAACAGGAAAAUCGAGGACCUGACGAGGGACGCAGACGAACAGAGGGCCCAGUUUGAACAGCUCGCGGCAAAGUACGAAGAGCUGGACGCUCAACUUGAGAAGUCCGAGCUGAAGACAAAGGAGCUCGAAGAAGAACGACAUGCGACGCGCGACAGGCUAUCUUCGGCAACGAGAGCGGAGCGUCACAUGGAAGAACUUAGGCCUCAGCUCUCAAAUCUAUUGACGUUGUUGUCAGUAACAAAGGACGGAGAACAAGAAGAUGAAGCUGACCCGAAGAAGCUCAAAAUGGCCAUCACAAAGUGCGAAGACUUGAAAGUAGCUAAUGAAAAGUUGACAGCGCAGUUGAAGAGGGAGAAGGAACUGCAUCAGGAGAUGACCAACAGUCUCUUGGAAUUCAGAACCGAAGUGGAGGCCAAGCAAGACACGUACGAGAAUGCGAAAAAGGACUGGAUAGGUCAGCGCGAUCUCUGGAAGCGCAAGUACGAGCAGGUGAAGGCGUUCCUGGAGAAGCGAGAGGCACACCAUGCAUCACGGUGGAAAGCGUUCAGCAAGCUGACUACAGAAAUGAAGAAAAGCAUCACAGAAGCAAAUGCCGACGUGAAACGGCUUAAGGAACAAAUCGCGGGCCAGUGCAGCAAGAUAUCCCAACUUGAAGAAGAAAGGGACAGGGCCGUGUGUGAUACCUACCAGUUGAAAGCACGCCUGCGAGAGUCGCUCUACGAGAGCACCAAAGCCCCAAGUUCAUCCUGCUCGGAAGUGUCACAGUUCCGUGUGCCAGCUGCACAAAGGGAAUCCAAAAGAGAUGCUCAAAGGGCACACAAUACAAGCAUUACUACAGCUGCAGCGCUAAACUCAAGUAUUUUCUCAGAAAGCCGGUUUUCCUGUGACGAGGAGCAGGACGUUUUCACUCACACCACCCUGUCGGACCUGCAGCCCAUCGAGUCCGAUCCCUUCAGCCGUUACAGUGAAUUACACCGAAGAAACACGAUGGUGCCACCACAUCUGAAGUCGUAUUACCCAGCAGAGACCCAGAGCAGCACCAUCCCGGCCACACCGCUGAAGGAGAACAACUUCAACUUCUCGGACUUCACUGACCCUGGUUCGAAAAGAAAGAGAUCCACAGUGUCCUCGGGCUCUGGGAACUCUGCUGGGUCCAGCACGGUCACCAAGCCUACAUCUAAAUCCCCCUGCCACGGAAACACCCAAGAAAGUGAAAGGGACUCCGAGCUCACUCAGUAAAUUUCUGAAGAAGCGGUUUCACAAGGACUGAUGUUACGGUACCCUAAUAUGUGCACACAUGCGGAAACAUGUGGACGGUGCUAGAAUAUAUUUUAAUGUAAAUGUGUUGUAUAAAAUAUGUACAAUUUUUAGUUUUAACGAAGUCUUAGGAUUUUAGCAGGUUUUAUAUCACUGUACAGAAGUUGAUGCAGGAGAGAAUUGUGUUUUUAAUGAUUUAUUUUUAUACUCUGCUAGUGUAGCCUCUCUUCCAACAGCAACUUCUGCAUUAAAUAUAUAUUUUUUCGGUG